AUGACCUCUCAACACGCCGACUUCGCGGCCAAACUUACCGCCCCUGUGAAGAAGUCCGUCUUUGAGCGCCAGAAAGAAGAGGCAGAAGCCAAAAAGGCUCGGGAACAGGCAGAAACGGCGGCCGUACUCGAAGAUUUUGUCAAGAGCUUCGACGAUGAAGGAGCACCCUCCAGUUUUCCCUCGCGGAAGGCUGGCCAUACAGGAGGAGCCGGGGGCCCUGGGCACGGUAACAACUACGGUCCUGGACCAGGGAAGAGGCAUUUCAUAAGCACUGGUCUGAAGAGCGGCCCAGGAAGCCUAGGUCCCGUCCAUAGUUAUGGCAAGAAGAGACACUACGAUGACUAUGCUUCAGGGCGAGAUCGAGAUCGAAAGGAUAAGAUGUUUUCCUACGAUCACGACGAGAACAGGAACAGCCGACUGAAUUCGGGUGCCUUUGAUCUCGACGAGGAAGCCAGAGACGUGGAUGAUUUGAAGGCGGCGGCAAAGCCAACAUUGCAUCUCUCAUCUCUUCCGCCUGGAACUUCGGCCGCUGUCAUCAAAUCUCUUUUCACUUCAUCACCGUUGACCAUCAACAAUGUGCGUAUCCUUCCUGCUGCUCCAGGCCCAAGCAGCGAUCGAAAGUCCGUCUCCGCAAUCGUCACCCUUGCUGCGGAAACACCAGCCACAGACAUUGAUACGACGGUUUCGCACCUCCAGAAUAAGUACCUCGGUUUUGGAUUUAAUCUGUCGAUAUCCCGCCAUUUGUCUUCCGCAGCAUUGACGGGAUCCAGCUCCUUGAGCAAUAACACGCCUUCAGCCAACUUUAACAAUCUUCCUUUUGGCGCAAGGGCUAUCCCGCAGCAUACCUCACUCUCUCGAGCUCCUCCGCCUGGUCAAGGUCCAGGUCGUUUUGCGCCACCUGCAUCAUACACCUCCUCAACUCCCUAUGGAGCGAGACCCACCAACGUUCCUCCCACCCAAGUUGCAGUUCAAGCUCCCAGUGAUCUCAAACAACUCCGGCUGAUCCAUAAAACCGUAGAGGCUCUGUUAACCUUCGGGCCCGAAUUUGAAGCCCUCCUGAUGUCGAGGCCAGAGAUCCAGCGAGGCGAGCAGUGGGCUUGGCUAUGGGACUCUCGUUCUGCUGGCGGUGUCUACUAUCGCUGGCGACUGUGGGAGAUCUUGACAAAUUUCAAAACGCGCAAGGGUCGCCACCCAGUCGCCUACGGCUCACGGCAACAGGGAGACAUACUCUUUGAAGGCCAGAGUGUCUGGAUUCCUCCUGACGAUAACCUCAAAUUUGAAUACGUAACGAAGGUCGAGGAUCUCGUUAGUGAUGACGAUUAUAACUCGUCCGACGAAGAGGACAUAGACGAUGGGGGUGGCUUGGCGACGCGAUAUCGUGACCAUCAGAAGUUAGGCCCAACAGCAGCAGAUUCUGCACCUGAUACCGAUGGGAUCGGGUAUCUGAAUCCCCUAGCAAAGACGAAACUCGUCCAUCUCCUGACUCGACUGCCGGAGUCCAACGCCAAGUUACGCAAAGGCGACGUGGCUCAGGUGACAGGCUUCGCAAUCGAACAUGCUGGCGCUGGCGCAGAGGAAGUCGUUACCCUCGUCACACGCAACGUGAUCAAGCCAUUCUGCUACAACGUGAACAAGAGAAGUCAAACUCCGGGUUCUGACGAGGACAGGUUUAAAGAGGACGCGAACGAAGGUGACGAGACCGAAAAGACCAAAGACUCGCCCGGAGACACCACGCCGGCCUCGCUCGUAGGCCUCUAUGUGAUCAGCGACGUCCUCUCGUCUUCUGCUUCCGCAGGUGUCCGACAUGCGUGGCGCUACCGCUCACUCUUCGAGACUCAACUACGUCUGCAGAAUGUGUUUUCAAUCCUCGGUCGCGCCCCACGGGACCUUAACUGGGGAAAGCUCAAGGCGGAAAAAUGGCGGCGAAGUAUACAGAGCAUCCUUAGUCUGUGGGAGGGAUGGUGCGUUUUUGCUGGGCAGACCCACGAGGCGUUUGUUGAUGAGUUCCUCAAUCCGCCCCUCACCGAGAAGGAGCUCGGAGAAAAGCAGAUGAAAGAAGCAGAAGAGAAGGUGGAGAGGUUACGCGAGAAGGACAAGGAGAAGGCUGCGAGUCGUUGGAGGACCGUCGACACGGACCUCGCCCAGACAAUGCUUGACGAAUCCAUCACUGGUACACAUGUGCGAGAGCAUGGGAAGCGGAAAGACGAGGAUGGAGACGUGGAAAUGGGCGUGGACGGGACACCCAUGGCUGACGAGGACGAUGAUGAAGACGACAAUCUCACGGAGACCAAUCUGGACGGCGUGCCUAUGCUCGACAGUAGCGACGAAGAGGCGGACGUGCUCGACGGUGGCAUCGACUCAGGUCACCACCAGAUGCCUGAGGUCCCUCCACCACCACCACCUGAGCAGCCUGAGCCGGCCGACAAUAACGCAGAGGCGUCAGAACCAGUGCCUGCCCCUUCAAGGGAAGAGAGCAGGCCUUCACUACCAGCAUCAGAGGCACCACCGCUUGCCCAGGCAGCGACUGUACCUCAAGGCCGUAGAACCCGUCCUAAGGCUAUAGACUUUGACGACAUGUUCAAGUAG